CCCAGGACUAACCCCAGAGCCAGCUCUUUUGGCCCGGGGGUUGUCUUUCCUCUCCCGUCAGGCCGUGCCAGGCAGUCGGGGGACCCCAGGGAGGCAGACGGUGCUCUGAGGUCGAGUAUGGCAGUACCCCUGGCCUAGACAGAAAAAUGAUGCCUGCUCGAGAAAGGCCAUGUGCCUGCGGCCGUGGUCCCCACGAGGACCAUGGGAAAUGGAAUGGGGUUCGUUCCUACCUGCACCUCUUCUAUGAGGACUGCGGAGGUGCAGCCCACCCUGAGGAGGUGGAGGACCCCACUCCAAAUAACCAGGACACUUGUGACUGGUCCUCCUCCUUCUGGAAGGGAAUUGUGUCCUUGUCACUCCUCUUGCUGCUUCUGGGAGCUGCUGCCCUGACCACGGGCUAUGCUGUGCCACCUAAGUUGGAGGGCAUCGGAGCGGGAGAGUUUCUGGUUCUGGACCAGCGAGCAGCUCAGUACAACAAGGCUCUAGGCACUUGCCGCCUAGCUGGCAGUGCUCUCUGUGCUGUUGCUGCGAUUCUGCUGAGUACUUGCAUGCUCUUGGUCCUGUUGACCCGACUCAAGCCAGAACCCAAGGCAGAGCCUGUGGACAGGGAGGAUGAAGAAGCGCAGCAGCUGGCACCCAUCCUAUGCCAGAGGCCCCAGAGCUGCCUGGAACCUGGAUCUCAUGAACUCACUCUGCCACUGAAGAACUGUGUGAUCUUGGAGGAGGAAACCGAGGACCAAGCUGAGGAAGAGACUUUCCUAUCUCAAAGAGAGUCGGUGGCAGAAGUGGAAAACAGACCCAGGUCACCCGAUUCCCACUCCAGUGCUAUUUCCAACGAACUAGCUCCCAGGGGUGGGGAGCUGGGCUUUCUGGAUGGAGACAUGAGUGUAUCCCUGGAAGAAAUCGAUGUGUCCAUGCUCUGCCCCCCCAAGCCAGUUUCUCAAGUAUCCCCAUCCUGGGUUCAACAGCAAGAGGUAUCCUUUCUCCCAUCACCACCAGGGGGCAACCUGUGCCCAGGACUGGCAUAGGGAGGGAGUUGGAGUUCAUCCUGCUUAUCUGAAAAACCACCUGGCUACCAGAGUCUCAGCUCCACUGGUGUAUAGGGUCACUGGCCUAACCCCACUUUUGCCUGACCCCCAAGCCCUCUCUGUUUCCUGCUUCCCCUGUCUUCUCCCUCAAUAAAAAGUCAGGAUGGA